UUUCGAACAGAAUAUUUUUUCUAUGCUAAGUCAGAAGUAAAUAUGAUUACGUAGUUACAGCUCAAAAUCAUGAAGUUAUUACACAAAUAUGUUGAAAAAGACGGUAGUGGGUCUGUGACCCUAAUGCCUGAAGAAGCUGAAGAUAUGUGGCAUGCCUACAACUUGAUAGCUGUUGGAGAUAGUUUAAGAAGUACUACAAUCAGGAAAGUUACUACUGAAUCUGCCACGGGCAGUACAGGCAGCAAUCGAGUUCGUACGAUGUUGACUAUUUCAGUUGAAGAUAUUGAUUUUGAUACUCAAGGGUGCAUGCUUCGAGUCAAAGGAAGAAAUAUUCAAGAAAACCAGUAUGUCAAAAUGGGAGCAUAUCAUACUUUAGACCUGGAACUUAAUCGAAAAUUUACCCUCUUAAAAGCUCAUUGGGAUACUAUUGCUCUUGAAAGAAUUGAUUUGGCAUGUGACCCUGCUCAGCAUGCAGACUUAGCUGCAAUUGUAAUGCAAGAAGGGCUAGCUCAUGUUUGCUUAGUUACUGCAAAUAUGACUCUAGUUCGAGCAAAAAUUGAUGUAAAUAUACCAAGAAAACGGAAAGGAAUGUGUGCUCAGCAUGAUAAAGGACUAACUAGGUUUUUUGAGAGUGUGUAUCAAGCAUUAGUGAGGCACGUUAGUUUUGACAUUGUCAAAUGUGUUCUUAUUGCAAGUCCUGGUUUUGUGAAGGAUCAAUUCUAUGAAUAUGUUUUCCAACAAGCUGCUAAAACAGACAAUAAAACGUUGCUGGAAAAUAAGGGAGUGUUCGUUUUAGUUCAUGCUUCUUCUGGUUUCAAACAUGCACUGAAAGAAGUUUUGAGUGAUCCGACAAUAGCACACAAACUGGCAGAUACGAAAGCUGCGGGGGAAGUCAAAUGCCUUGACCAAUUUUAUACAACUUUGAUGAAUGAACCAAGUAAAGCUUUCUAUGGCCUGAAACAUGUACAAAAGGCGAAUGAAUCCCAAGCUAUUGAUACACUACUGAUAAGUGAUAAGUUAUUUAGAUGCAAUCAUGUUGCAAAAAGAAAACUGUAUGUAGACUUAGUAGAUAGUGUGCGAGACAGUGGAGGUGAAGUAAAAAUGUUUUCAAGUCUACAUCCAUCUGGUGAACAACUGGAUCAAUUGACAGGUAUUGCAGCCAUACUUCGAUUCCCAAUGGAUGAAUUGGAAGAUGAUAACUCUUCUAGUGAUACUAAUGAUGAUUGAUUUUGAAAAAUCUUAUGCAAAAAUUAUGUACAUUGUGACAUGUCCUAAAAAAUGAAUAUGGCAUUUAUUUAUUGAACUGUAUAUAAAUUUCUAAACAAUUUAAAGUUUGUGUCCUUAUUUUAA